UUUGUAUCUCUCGUGAAAUUGUUUUACGCGUACAUUAGGCAGCUCGUAGUCUAAUCAUGAAACUGACUCUGAUGAAACCCCGACAGCGAGACCCCCUUCUCCUCCUCCCCGAGCGAGUGGUGCAAGUACGACGGCCUACCCCCCCUUCUCCGUCCCACCAUCCCAGUCCCCUACCCUCCAUCCUUCCCCUCGGCAGCGACGGCGCUCCUUCAUUCGCCUUCAGCACCGCCUCAUCUGCCGCGCUUGUCCGCACUCGCCCUCCCUUUCCCUCACAUCCCACCCCACUUACAUCCCCCCUCCCCACGAGGGCGCCGACGGACAGCGCCGACGGAAGCUUCAUCCUCGCGCGAUGUAGAGGCGUACAGAUUGCCCCUCUUCUCGGCUGUUCUGGCCAGGGCGACCACGUCGACGACACGCCUGCUGAGUCUGAGCCCGCCUACGAGUGCCCCGAGGGCCGCGACACCUGCUCUGCUGAUGGUGUGGACCCGAUCCGUGAGUAGCUUGCUCUGCUUCGCUCGGGGCUCGCAUCCCUACCCUCCCCACCGUCGCGCACCCCUCGCCGGUUUCUCAGGUCUGAGAGUCGCGUGCAGAGGGCGCGCAUCGUGGGGUUCAGGUAGUUGGACGACGUGUAAAC